UGUUGAGCAAUGCAGGUCGAGAAUUGUAUCUCGCCAGCGAGUGAUCUCUCCAAGAAAUUUAUGAAUGUGGGCAGUGGCUUCUCGAGCUCCGAUGGAUCAGAGCUUUCGUUGCAGGACCAUCCUAUUAUAUCUGCAAGUGACAACCUGGAGAGAAGUUCACCUCUUAAAAAAAACUCUGGGGAGAUGACGAAUCAGUCAGAGGCAGACAAUUUUCCCGACUCCAAGGACGCAUCAGGGGACGUCCAGAGGGGCAAACUUUCUCCUGGUCUACACGGAGUCUCUGACAUCCGUCAUAAUUUCGAUGGAUCUGCAGGAGAAAGGUGCAUCUUUUCUCCAUCUACCCAGCCACAGUCAGUUUCAGCAGCUACCAGUGCCAUGUUUCCUUACCCGACGCAGCAUGGACCAGCGCACCCGGCUUUUUCUAUCGGAAGUCCCAGCCGGUAUAUGGCCCAUCACCCGGUCAUCACUAAUGGAGCUUACAACAGCCUUCUGACCAACACUUCUCCUCAAGGCUACCCGACAGCGGGCUACCCGUACGCCCAACAGUAUGGACACACUUACCAAGGAGGGGCUUUUUACCAGUUCUCUACGGCGCAAGCAGGACUGGUUCCGGGGAAAGCGCAGGUGUAUCUGUGCAACAGGGCCCUGUGGCUGAAGUUUCACAGGCACCAGACAGAGAUGAUCAUCACAAAGCAAGGACGACGAAUGUUUCCAUUUUUAAGCUUCAACAUUUCUGGCCUUGACCCAACUGCUCACUACAAUAUAUUUGUGGAUGUAAUACUUGCUGAUCCAAAUCACUGGCGAUUUCAGGGAGGCAAGUGGGUGCCAUGUGGGAAAGCAGACACAAAUGUUAUAGGAAAUAGGGUUUAUAUGCAUCCGGACUCACCAAAUACCGGAGCUCAUUGGAUGCGUCAAGAAAUAUCAUUUGGAAAGCUAAAGCUUACAAACAACAAAGGUGCCUCCAACAACACGGGACAGAUGGUGGUUCUGCAGUCUCUCCACAAGUACCAGCCCAGGCUCCAUGUGGUGGAAGUAAACGAGGAUGGGACAGAGGACACCAGCCAACCAGGAAGAGUCCAGACUUUCACCUUCACAGAAACGCAAUUCAUCGCAGUCACAGCUUACCAAAAUACCGACAUUACGCAACUGAAAAUUGACCACAAUCCUUUUGCAAAAGGAUUUCGGGAUAACUACGACACUGUCUACACAGGCUGCGACAUCGACCGCCUAACUCCAUCACCGGGUGACUCUCCGCGUUCACAGAUCGUGCCGGGUGCGAGAUAUGCCAUGCAUAGCUCUUUCCUGCAGGACCAAUUUGUCAGCACUUAUGCCAAAUCUCGCUUUCACCCUGGCGUGGGGACUUGUCCUGGCACGGAGCGCAGCGUCCCACUCGGCAACAGCUUGCUGUCCCCGCAGCAAACCGACGAGCCCACUGUUGCCACCCCCCCGCAGCGAUGGUUUGUCACCCCUGCCAACAACCGACUGGACUUUGCUGCCUCGGCAUACGACGCUGCCGAUUUCGCCGGUAACGCGGCCACCUUGCUGUCCUACGCAGCGGCCGGAGUGAAGGCUCUUCCCCUGCCGACUGCGGGCUGCUCCAACCGGCCUCUUGGGUAUUACGCAGACCCGUCAGGCUGGGGAGGACGCACGACGCCGCAGUACUGUGGCGUGAACAGCAAAUCCAGCGCGGUCUUUUCCUGCUGGCCUGCAAACUCUAUCGGUGGCAGAUCGGGCACCAACUACCUGAGCGAGGAGGGAGACCCCAUUCCCACAGAGAGGUCACCGAUCGGCGGCUCGGAGGAGACCAAAGCCAAAGACAUGACAUCAGAGUCGAACUGGAUAGAGACACCGUCCUCCAUUAAGUCCAUCGACUCAAGCGAUUCUGGUAUCUUUGAACAGGCCAAAAGGAGGAGAAUCUCACCUUCCGCCACUCCGGUUUCAGAGACAGUGUCCCCGUUAAAAUCUGAGCUGCUGGCACCGAGAGAGUGUGAGAAAAACUGCACAAAGGACAUUGGGUACUACAGUUUCUAUCCUCACAGUUAAAAGGACAAAAUAGUGACUGUGAAUUAAUCAACCUAUCUAUCUAUCUAUCUAUCUAUCUAUCUAUCUAUCUAUCUAUCUAUCUAUCUAUCUAUCUAUCUAUCUAUCUAUCUAUCUAUCUAUCUAUCUAUCUAUCUAUCUAUCUAUCUAUCUAUCUAUCUAUCUAUCUAUCUAUCUAUCUAUCUAUCUAUCUAUCUAUCUAUCUAUCUAUCUAUCUAUCUAUCUAUCUAUCUAUCUAUCUAUCUAUCUAUCUAUCUAUCUAUCUAUCUAUCUAUCUAUCUAUCUAUCUAUCUAUCUAUCUAUCUAUCUAUCUAUCUAUCUACCUACAGGUUAAUCAAUACAAAUACAAAAAAAGUCACCUCCAGUUAAUGGCCAAAGUGUAAAUUCUUCCAUGGCUUGGUCGCCUUGUUUCCAGAAAACACUGUAAUUGUAAAUAUAUUGUACAUAAUAUGAACAUUUGGUGAUAGUGAUUGGUUGUACACAGAAUAGAUCAAAUCUGAUUUAUAAGUAGGCAAGUGUUUUAAAAACCUCAUAUGUUAGCCUAAGCUGUUAGUGAAGAAAGAUAUUGAUAAUCUUGUACAUGAAAUGUUCUUGUGUAGCAUAUGCUGACAUAUUAAUCCCUGUCAGUGAAAAAAAUGUGUAUUUUGUACUUUAUCAAAGCUGUAGGCUACCAAAAGUUUAUGACGAUCACUGCAACAUUCAUGAUACCUGUGGAUUAAGAAGUUUUAAAUGUUGGUAAUGUAGAUUUAGUCUUUUUUUCAUUUUUAUUUUGUA